AGAUGUGCAUACUCAGACGCCUGGCUCUGCCGGUGUUUAGCUCUGACCUCCACCUGAUCUAACUUGGGAAUUUCAUGCUCUGGUUUCUCUUUCCGGAGGAAACUUUGUUUCCUUUCAAAUUUCCCCCAUCCCCUCAUAUUUGAGCAAUAUUUUCCCAGGAGGCAGGGAAAGCGUAGCUUUACUCCGCCCUUACCAACCCCAACAACAACAGCUGAGAUGGUCGCCAUGUGGCUGGAAUUCCUGAUAACUUUUCUAUGUCAGGUUGUGGUGGCUGGGGAAAAAGACAGCUGUUAAAAUUCAGACAGGUGGAGUAUGGACCUGAAGGGGGCACAGGAGGCCUUCCUGGCUGUGCUGCAACAAAUACCUCAGCCUGAGACACGCAAAGCUUUCCUAGCAUGGGUUGAUGACACAUGGAUUAGAGGAGUGCCCCCUACCUUGAUGGUAUGUCCCCCACCAUGUCCACCUCCACCGUUGGCACCAGCGUGUACCUCAGAUUACAGUUCAGGAGACACCAAAUUACGCAAGAUUGCUGAUGACCUGCGUGAAAUCAUGCCACUUAAUGCCAUUUUACCAACUGAACAGAUCACCUUCCCGUCUGUAGGAGAGAAUGCAGAUUGUGACCCAACUCAUACCCUUCAUGUUGAUGCCUUUCUUUAUGACGAGGAUAUGGUAGAUGAGCUGUGCGACACUGGAGAGUUGGCUCGAAACUACUGUGUUGACUGUUCAUCACACAAUACGCAACCCAUUACAUAUAUCAGUCACUCUGCAUCAAGAGAAAGAUUAGCUUAUAUUUUCCGUGCAUUACUUCCACCUAUUCCUGAAGACACUAUACUACUUGACAUUGGGUCAAGAUUAGGAGCAGUACUGUAUGGGGCUUACAUUUACACAAAAUGCCGGAGAAUAGUGGGAGUGGAAAUAAAUCAAGAUUUAUGCCAAGUUCAGCAAACAAUCAUCAAUAAAUAUCAGUUUCAGGAUCGUGUUCAAGUGAUCCCUGGCGAUAUUCAGGAGCAAGGAGAAGUAGUACGAGCUGCUGAUAUAAUUUGCCUCAAUAAUGUCUUUGAGUUCUUUAUGCCUGCUGGUGUUCAAGCACGUAUUUGGGCAUUUCUUCGAUCUAAUGUGAAAAAGGGUGCUCUGCUAGUAACCAUACCUUCCUUGGAAGAUUCACUGCAGUAUAUAGAUUGCGGAUUUCGGCAUCAAGAAUGGGCACGAGAGGUUCCUCCUCAUAACCCAAACAUCACUGCGCCCUUCGAUUUCCAGAGUGAAACAUCUGAAGUCAAACUUUAUCAAGUCAUUUAAGGAAUAGCAUUGUCAUAUAUAAUACUGUACUGAUAUGUUUUUAAAACUGUUGCAAUAAUUUGAAAGUUAGUGAUGAAUACUUGGCUUGCAUUAAGGCUGUUUGUGUGUGAUUGUAGUUACUGUUUGGUUCCAUGUACUGUAAUAGUCAUGUCAUUAUGGCUUUGUUGAACUGAGUGGUGAAGAAUAUUCAGCAAAUGAAUCGAGUAUGAGUGAAGAACAAUGAAUCGAGUAUGAGUGAAGAACAGUCUUGUUGCAGUUUUAGGGAUUGAGCUGCAUUUAAAUACAAAUAUGACUGUAUCCCUCUUGCCAAAGACUUGAGCAUUUUGGAUGUUCAUUGUUUUGUGAUGUCAUCGAAUUGUUGAAGAUUUAUUCUUAAUGUGUACUGUUUUAAGUACAUAGCUCCUAUGUAUAUAGUAUGCAAAACCGAGUGCCAUUGCCUUGUUUAUUUGCCUUAUCAUAUCAAGGUAUUUUUCAUUUCCUCUAUAUAAAAGAAGUGGUAGUACAUUAGGUUUGUUGUAAAUGAUGUCUUUGAAUAGGAAAACUUCAAAUAGAAACUUUAUUUUUAUAUGAAUUUUAUAUUAUGCUAUUCAUAUCAGUAUCUAUAUCCUAUAUUUCUAUAUAUGUCUUUGAUGCCUUGUCUCAUCUGGGUUUCAGGGGCCACAUGUAGAAUUUUUCCAACAUGUUUCAGCCACUUUUCAUAAUUAGUUUAAAUGACUUAAAAUAACAAAAAAUAUUUCAGUAAAAAGAAAAUCACAUGCUAAUUGAAAAGAAAAUUUGCAUUGAGGAAGCAAAAUAAGAAGAGGGUCUUUGAUUGCUGUCAGGUUCUCUGAUAGUCCAAAGUGAGUGUUUAGCUAUGACUUUGCAGAGGAGACACCAGAUCAAAAAACUACAGACCAGUAGCACUAACAUCAUACAUAGUAAAUAUCUUCGAAAGAGAUUUGAGAUAGUAAGUUACUGACUUGAUGGAACAGUAUGAUCAACACAACCCAAACAUGACAAGAGCAGGAAGAUCUUGCUUAUCAAAACUAUUAGAUCACUAUGAAAAAAUUACAGAGGCCUUGAUGGAAACAAAAUGCUGAUGCACUCUACAUGGAUUUUAGAGAGGCACUUGACAAAUGUAACCAUGAAGUAAUGGUUCAUAAACUGAUGUCAUUUGGUACAACAGCAAAAUUAUAACAAUUAAAGGUUCAGUUGUUUUACAUGAUGGUAGGAUUCCUGGUAUCUUUUUUUCAGUCUCAUGAACAUGUGGGAUAACAGGUAUAUUUUGCUACUUCUACUUACACUUAGGUCACAUUACACAUGCAUGUACACUUUUUAGGUCACCCUGCCUCUGUGGGAUACGACCUGUUUGUUGAACAAAAAAAAAAAAAAGGUUCAGUACUCAAAGGCACAAUCCUAGUAUCAUUACUGUUUCUCAUCCUCGUAUCAGACAGACAAGAACACAAACCAUGAUGAUGAUGCCAAAUAAGUAUACAUCACCUUAGUAGAAGAUAGAAAAAUUAUAGCCACAUAACCAGAUUUUCUAAUGGGGAAAUGAAAAUAACAUGAUACACAACCCGCAUAUAGAAGAGAGGAGCUUACAACGACUUUUUGGUCCGACUUGGACCAUUUACAAAGUCAGUGUGACUUUGUAAAUGGUCCAAGUCGGACCGAAACAUCGUCGUAAGCUCCUCUCUUCCAUGUGCGGGUUAUUUGUGUAUCAUUCCAGUCACGGUAGUGUGCCUUUUUUUUGUUAUUUAAAAUAACAUAUUUAGUGGUAACAAAUUUCAGAUGCUUAGAUAUGGGAAGAAUGAUUACUUAAGAACAAUCACAGUAUACAGAAUGCAAACGGACCGUAUCAAAGAGUGUAAAGAACGUGAAAAGGACCUAGGAAUAAUCAUCAGAGUAAGUGUCAUUUGGAAAAUACAGCAAGGCAAAUGCAGUCAAGGCCAGGAAAAUGAUUGACUAGGUAUAUUGAGAACUUUCAGAACAAGAGUAGCAAUGCCAAUGAUAGUAUUUUUUCCAGAUUACUUGUACUCUUGGAACUUGAAUAUUAUUUUGUGAUCACUGCAGCAAUCAAGGGGGAAAAGAUAGCAGAGCUGGAAAAUGUACAGGGGUCAUAUAUUUCCAAGAGAGUUAAUAAAAGUUCUGAAUUAUUGGGACUGCCUCAAAGCACUUGGAUUUUUCUCUAUGAAGUGGAGAAGAGAGAUACCUAAUAGUGUAAACCCAGUGAGGAGCGAGGAGGAAGGGGCGUGGGAUACAACUAGAGAAUACUGCAUCAACAUCCAUGGCCCAAAAGUCGACAUACUGCUGGAAGAUAUCAGCUGUACUUCCAGAAUGAAGAAGGAAGCUUUCAAGAGGAACAACUUCCUCUUUUAAUUGCUGGAUAAGCCAGGUUGUGAUGGCUAUGUGGGCUUGCAGGCCACUAUAACAAAUAACCUUUUUGAUCAGGGGGUCAGCAGGGAAGCAUGGCCUCAGGCCAAGUUUACAGGGGUAGAAAAAUCCUCAAAACUGGUUACAGGUAAAGGAGUUGUUCAUCAUCAUGAUCAUUAGAUGGAGACGGGGUAUAUAAUGCUGACAUGAUGGAAAAUGACAGACAUAUGCAGCAUAAUGCAUUUGUCAGAUGAAAUUCAAUGUUUGACAGGAAAUUAAAUUGCCCACUUUUUAAGCAUACAGUCUUCUGUUUGAUAACAUUUAUUGUCAUAGAUAUACACAUGAAUCUUACAAUUUGACAAAAAAAAAAAAAAUAGAAUAUGCAGUGUCAACAGUUUCUGGUUUUAAAAUUCCUCAAAGUGUGUGGCUGCUGCUUUGUAGUCUGUCAAGUCAUGGUGCAGAACGUCAAUGUUGCGUGUUGGUUGGAGAAGACGGCCUUAUUGAUUGGCAUAUCUAACUACUGACGCAGUUUUUUUUUUUAAAGGAAUUUUGCUGAUCAUUCAAGAAAACCUUUAGAUUUUUGGGGGGUUCUCCCCAGUGGCAGAUUCAUAAAUUUAUUAGUGUGAAGUGCGACUAAAGUGAGCAUUGAGUGUACUACUAGGGGGGGCUUGGGGAAGUACUAUAAGCUCUACCAGAAAAUUCUUUGCUUUAGAAGUGCAUAAAAUUAAACCAUAUCAAGCUCACUUCAUGAACUGAACAAUCCAUACAAAUUUUAAAACCUUUGUUGAAAAUAUCCAUCAUAAAUUUACAUAAAAAUAUUACAUUUUAAUGCGAUUCCCACUGUAUCUAUACUGUCCAGAUAUUUUUUUUUUUUAUCUCAAAGCAAUGAAAAUAUUUAGUCUUUAAUAACAUCACUUUGGGUUUAGUACUUAAAUUGAUUAUAAUGAUAAUAAUGAAUUUCAUUGUGAUGUAAAUAACAACAACAUUUAAGAGAAAAUAUCUAAUGUAAUUUUCUGUGAAUGUUUAGUAGUGACUUUCUCAACAGUAUUGUCUAAAUUAAUGUUCAUUCUUGUGCUAUUGCAGUUUACACUGAUGGUUCAAAGUCCUCUGAAGGAGGACUAAAAUUUUCACAGUCGAGUUGUAUGCCAUUCACAUUGUUGUUAUACAUAUUGCAUUCCUGCCUACCUCAACAUUCAUAGUAGUUUCACACUUCUUUAGUGCAUUAUAGGCUGUCCAGAAAUUUGGUUCUCCACAUCCCAUCAUUCUUUCUAUUAACUUGGGUUGCGCUGCAUUUCUAGGAGACACACAGGCACUGUUUUUUGCUGGGUCCUUGGAUGUGUGAAUGUUCAGAGAAACAAGCAAGUAGACUCUGCUGUACAGUCAACCAUUCAUGAUCUCAUUUCAUAUAGGAGUAUUCCAUUCUCAAACUCUUUUGCAAUAAUCUCUAGACAACUUUGCAAUUGUUGGCAACAGUGGUGGUCUAAGUUGGUCCAUAAUAAAUUGUAUUCUGUCAAACUGUUUGGGUUUGUGCUGGAAUAGGACCAAGUUGAGACUGAAACUAAGUACCAUUAUUAAUAAUGUGAUGUGCACAGUAUUAAUAAUAACUGAAUAUCAUUUAUAAAGUGCUGCUGCAGCACUACAUACUCUUGAAAGGGUUAAGGGAAAGUUUAACUGUUUUUACCAGCAGCUUGCACAGUGUGUAUAUACAGCUUUUGGAUGAUCUGUUCAGUCCUGAGUUUGUGAAUGUUCUUGGGUACCUCUGACAACCCUCUCCUAGUGGUAUCUCCAGUCUCAUUGAUGAAUCUCUUGAAUACUACAUGAAUGUUGCUCUCUUUUGUCUGCAAGAAUGUUAUAAAAUAUAUAAAGAUAUUGACUCUGCUACUAAUAUUAUGAAUUGCUAUAUGAUUAAUAAUAAUUAGACACAUUGGUAUAUUUUUUUUUAUGUUGGAUACAAGUAUUUUUAAAAGCAAACGGAUAUCUUAAUUGUAAGAUGUCAUAGUUGAGAUUUAUUUUGAGGAAGUUACUUAUGUACUAAUAAAUUAUUCUUAAAUUUAACCUGUAAUAAAGUGCUGAUUUUUUUUAUAUUACUGUUCCAGAUAUCUUAAUGUGAAGAUGAAUAAAAAUGAAAGUUUAACCUCUUACCUACAAAUCUCAGGCAGACUCAAUUGCUCUAAGUUUGUAUAGUCCGACUUUGUUUGCUGCAACUGUAAAUAAUCUUACUGCCUUCAUAUCCCACAUCAGAUUGUUACAUCUUUCACAGCAUCACUGAUUUUGUUUUGGAGUGCUAGGUACAAUUUUUCGGAGCACUGUUGAGGUAACUAGAAUAGAAUCACCAGCCACUAAGUGAAACUGUUAAAGCAUGAAAUUUGCUUGCUGUUAGAUAUUCACCCAAAUACUGAGUCAUCUUAAUGUCCAUGUAAAGUAACAUUCUGCCGACAACAAAAAACUUGAACAAUUUCUUUCUCAGUUUUAUCCAACUCAAAUUGAAUCAUAAUUGGUAUUCCUUUCAUUUUAGUCCAAGAAACUUUGUGACCUAUAUCAGGCAUCAAGUGACUUUUUAGACUGGUUUUCCUUCUCUGCCAAAGAUGCUCAUUUAAUUAGUUAAGAGUGCUCAUGUGCCAUAUCUGUAAAAGACCUUCCUGCCACAACUCCAAUGUGUGUUGUAAACAGAGAACAGUCAGUGCAAAAUGCACUGUAAACAGAGGAAUACAACACGACUUUGAAUGUCUUGUUUUCCCAGGAUACCGCAUUACAAGAAAUUUAUAACUUCAGUGGUGAAAUAAUUUCUUAGUAGUUUGUAUCUCUGGUCAUAGAUGCUUGGCAUUUCACUAUUUGAAUUCCCAUACCAUACAUGUAUCAAAUAGCUGCUCUUGUCAUUGAAAAACCUGCUUGCCAAAAACUACACCUGAUUAUCCAACUGAUAGUUUAAUCCAAGCCCCUUCCUGGAAAUAAGAAGCCAUCAGAUGCUUAAAUAAAUAACAAAAAGGCACAAUACCGUGACUGGAACGAUACACAAAUAACCCGCACAUAAAAGAGAGAAGCUUACGAUGACGUUUCGGUCCGACUUGGACCAUUGACAAAGUCACACAGUGUGACUUUGUCAAUGGUCCAAGUCUGACUGAAACGUCGUCGUAAGCUUCUCUCUUUUAUGUGCGGGUUAUUUGUGCAUCAGAUGCUUAGUGACACCUCCCUGGAUCCACUAGUUUUCCCACAGAUGAAACAUUUCAGCCUCGGUACUUCAGGAUCAGCAACACGUAUGAAUCUCAAAAAAACUAUAUCAGAUUUUAGUCUACAUUUUCUCAUGACAAAACCCUCAAUAGAAAAAAAGUAGUUGAUAAUGGUCAUUCAAGAUGCACUGUACUGUUUUUUUUUUUUUUUUUUUUUUUUUGUGAAGUUAAUAUAUCAUUGAAUUUUCAUGUAAAGUCAUUAGAGGCUGUGAUCUGGACUUAAAAAAAAAAAAAAAAGUUUAACCACUUAUUAGAAACCCUUGACAACCGACUCAAAAUGGCUUGGCAACCCAAAAUUGGGUUGUAAUGCAAGGGCUAAGAACUACUGCUUUAGAGAAGAGGUCCUUUACUGCUGCAGGUGCCAUGAUAUUUACUAGGCAACAGGAAAACACUGCACUGAAAUACCCAUAUAUUUAGUAGAUUAUGUUUUUAAGGAAUGUGAUAUUUUUACUUUCAAUGACUGGGAAUUUACAGGCAUGAUAUCUUGAUACCUGGUUCUUUUUUAUUAUAAUAAUAAUUGAUACCUGGUCUUGUGCACCUAAUUCUUAUUUUCCAUGCUUCCUUAAAGGAUACAAAUUUUUUUGAAAUUUAUAAAUUAUAAUGCUUAUUUAUAUAUACCAGAAUUUGGAUUACAUGAAAUUUUAUUUUGUAUUGCUAUAAGUAAUUUAUUUGUUAUUUAGGAGCCAAUAAUGUUUUGUUCUUAUAGUUACUUCCACAUGUUAUAUGUGCCUUGACUUGGGUGGGAGAUGUGACAACCAAAACCUAUGCAUUUCAUAUUGUGUUUUCACAUACAUGUGACUAAAAUCAUACUCUGUUUAUGUCUAAUUAUAAGGUGAUAAAUAAAAAAAACCGCAC